AUGUCUUCAAUCACUAGCAACGAAGCUGCCUGGAUUCCUACCGAGAAGGCAACAUGUGAAGUCGGACCAGGACCCGUGCCCAAACCUACGGAAAAUGAGGUCGUUAUCGAAGUUGCUUAUGCAGCUGUCAACCCAAUUGAUUACCUGAUGCAAGACACUCCCUACUUUCCAAUACCAUACCCUUCUAUCUUCGGCUCCGACAUCGCUGGAACAAUCGUCCAGCUAGGUUCUUCAGUGACCCGAUUCAUGAUCGGCCAGCGUGUCAUUGGCGAGUGUGAUAACCUUCUCACACAAAACAUAAGUCACGCUGGGUUCCAACGGUUUGCGACUUGCGCGGAAAUUAUGGUUGCGGCCAUUCCCGAUUCCAUCCCUCUGGCUAACGCUGCGGUCCUCCCGCUCUGUUAUUCCACGGCUGGAUGCGCGCUUUUUAAGCAUCUCAGGCUUCCUCUUCCUUCGCUUGAUCCUAAGCCAAUCGAAAAGACUAUCUUGUUGUGGGGUGGCAGUUCCUCUGUUGGCUGUUCAGUAAUCCAAUUGGCGGUGGCUGCUGGUUUGACGGUGGUCACUACUGCUGGAGCACAAAACCACGAUUUGGUCACGAGCUUGGGUGCUAAACAUGUCAUUGAUUAUAACAGCCUGACUGUUAUCGAAGAAGUUCUCAAAGUCCUCAAGACAGGCGAUCUGGUCGUGGAUUUCAAUGGCGGAGAUCCCGUACUUGUCGAUCUCGAUAUUGGCGAUGCGCUUUGGCGUAAGUAUCUCCCUGAAGCUCUGGCGACAGGGAAGUUUGUGCCGAAGCCGGACCCGGAGAUUAUUAAGGGAGGAUUGGGAAAGGUUCAGGAGGGGAUCGAUAUUGUUCGAAAGGGGGUUUCGGCUAAGAAGAUUGUUAUUGAGGUUUCCAAGGAGGCGUGA